AUGAAGUUCCUUGCCGUUCUGGCAAGUCUCACGGUCUUCGCCCUAGGCGCGGACCGUGCCAGCACAUCCGUCGUACCAGGCAUUGAGGACAAUUAUUUGCUGUCCAACAUUGCAUACAGGUCCCCCUCUCUCACCAUCGGUACAUCGGGCCUCGCUCAUGAUAUCGAUGCCAUCGUUCGUCGGGAGGCGGCCGACUUGUUGCGUCGCAGAGACUUUGUCAAGAGAGCUUCGGGCACUGGCGUCGAUAAUCCUACUUCUGUCGGCACGAAUGGGACUUACACUGCUGCUCUAGCCUUUCCUUACGGCAUCGCUUCUGGCGAUCCCCUCGACGACAGCGUGAUCCUCUGGACUCACCCAGAGCCUGCGGAUGGAAAGGCUCAAGAUCUGCCGAUUUGCCUCAAGUGGCAAGUGAGCAGCAACGCCAAGAAGCCUACUUGGACAAAGACCGACAUCAUCCAACAGGGCAACGUUUGCACCACCAAAGAUGUGGAUUGGGCCGUCAAGGUGGAAGCAAAGAAGCUCAGAGCACGGACAACCUACGCCUAUCGCUUCUUGAGCUCUGAUAAGCCCGCUGGCAAUGCAUCCAUUUCACCCGUGGGAAACUUCAAGACGAUGCCCACACCGACGGACUCGAACGUUGCUUCCCUCGACUUGGCAGUGUUCAGCUGCUCGAACCUUCCCGUUGGCUCUUUUGCGUCCUACGCGCGGGCUUACGAUAAGGCAUCUUCGCUGGACUACGUGCUCCACGUCGGAGACUACAUCUACGAGUCUGGAGCUAGAGCAUCUGCUCCUCCCGGUAGACAAAUGGAGCCCGACCAUGAGAUUGUUACACUGGACGACUAUCGCACACGCUACAAGGCCUAUCACAGAAUCGACGCAGGCCUGAGAAGCCUCAGAGCCAGCAAUGCUUGGUUGCCCGUCUGGGACGAUCACGAGGUAGCGGAUCAAGCUUACAAGGCUGGAACUGCUGAUGGCAACGACACAUUCCCAGUCCGUGGCGUCAGGUUCACGGAGCGCAAGAAGAAUGCAGUCAAGGCUUACUUUGAGAACAUGCCUAUUCGUCAAGUCGACACUUCCGACACUCUGCGCAUUUGGAGGCAAUUCAAGGUCGGAACAUUGGCCGAUCUCAACAUGAUCGACACUAGACAAUACGAUCGUGAUGUUACUGACUUGUACUACAACACGGCUUACAUCGAGAGCAUCUCGAACGACACCGCUCGAAGCUUGAUGGGCGGAAAGCAAGAGAAUUGGCUCUACGACAAGCUCGCUGCUUCUCGCUCCACCUGGAAGGUAAGCAAAGAGUUCGCGACGAAUCCCGUCCCGAUCGUACAGAACGAUCUGAAUUACGAUGCUUGGGACGGAUACACGGCAAACCGAGGUCGCUUUUACGAUGCCAUCAGAAAGACGGACAAUGUGAUCAUCCUUGCAGGCGAUUCGCACGCAGCGUGGGUCUUUGACACCGAGGAUCCGUACCAUGAGCAAAUCUACGAUCCAGUGACUGGCAAAGGUGCAAUCGCAGUCGAGUUUGCCGGCACCGCCGUUAGCAGCUCCAGCAGCUACGGAAGUCUGAGCAAGGCCGGAUACGCCGAUCGCGCGCAAAAGCUCACGCAGGCCAACAAGAACUUGCAGUUUGCUGAAGGCGAACACAGAGGUUACUUUACCCUGCACAUUACUCCCAAAGCCACUACGGCCAAAUACUGGGCCAUCAACGACAACAAUAAUGGCGCUUCGCCCGAGACUCUCUUGGCCACAUUCGAGGUCAAGAAGGGAGCAAACAAGCUGACCAGACCCAUCAACGGAGGUCGGAAUUCCACUGCUGGAGCUCUGCAGAGCGUCGAAUGGGACCAAAGCAGCUGGGAUGGAAAGACGUUCACCCGAAAGGCCAAGAGUGCCUAG